UCAUACGGCGCAGGCAGCCUGUUGGUAUGAAUGAAGCCGCUCUCCGGGGCUGAGGCGGAAGCUGCCCUCCCCGGGGCUUAGGCAACGGGGAAGGAAACCGCCCAGGGCCGUGUGGCAGCUGGGACGCCAGGGCCACUGCCAGGACCGCCUGCCCCUGCCUGCCGCGCUCGGACCGCCCUCGCCGCGAUGCAGUCUCCGGACCCGGAGGAGUUCCCGGUCGACGAAGAGGAUGAUAUUUUUGGUGAAGGGCUGCCAGCCAGACUCCCCGAGAUCAUGCUGGUGGGGGCCCAGUCCUGCUCGCCGGGGGGGCCCAAUGGCAUCAUCCGCAGCCAGUCCUUCGCGGGGUUCAGCGGCCUGCAGGAGAGGCGGUCCAGAUGCAACUCCUUCAUUGAGAAUUCUUCCGCUGUCAAGAAGCCUCAGGCCAAACUGAAGAAAAUGCACAACCUGGGACACAAAAACAACAGCACCCCCAAGGAGCCUCAGCCGGGACGGGUGGAAGAGGUCUACCGGGCCCUGAAGGGCGGCCUCGACGAGUACCUGGAGGUCCACCAGGCGGAGCUGGACAAGCUGAACGCGCAGCUCAAAGACAUGAAGAGGAACUCGCGCCUGGGCGUGCUCUACGACCUGGACAAGCAAAUCAAAGCCAUCGAAAGAUACAUGAGACGCCUGGAGUUCCACGUCAGCAAGGUGGAUGAGCUCUACGAAGCGUACUGUAUCCAGAGGCGCCUGCAGGACGGCGCCAGCAAAAUGAAGCAAGCCUUCGGGGCGUCGCCCGCCAGCAGGGCCGCCCGGGAGAGCCUGGCGGAGGUGCACCGCAGCUACAAGGAGUACACCGAGAACAUGUGCGCCAUCGAGGUGGAGCUGGAGAGCCUGCUGGGCGAGUUCUGCAUCCGGAUGAAAGGUCUGGCCGGCUUCGCGCGCCUCUGCCCCGGAGACCAGUACGAGAUUUUCAUGAAGUACGGCCGGCAGCGGUGGAAGCUGAAAGGCAAAAUCGAAGUCAACGGCAGGCAGAGCUGGGACCGCGAGGAAAUGGUCUUCCUGCCCCUGAUCGCCGGGCUCAUCUCCAUCAAGGUCACAGAGGUCAAAGGGCUGGCGACCCACCUCCUGGUGGGCAGCGUGACCUGCGAGACCAAAGAGCUAUUUGCAGCCGAACCUCAGGUGGUGGCUGUCGACAUCAACGACCUGGGCACCAUCAAGCUGAACCUGGAGAUCGCCUGGUACCCGUUCGACGUGGAGGACUCGACCCCGUCCUCGGGCGCUGGGAGCAAAGCGGCUGCCCUGCAGAGGAGGAUGUCCGUGUACAGCCAGGGCACCCCGGAAACGCCCACCUUCAAGGACCACUCCUUCUUCAGAUGGCUGCAGCCUCCCCCGGACAGGCCCGGGCUGUCUGUCUUGCGUGCCUUGCGAGACUCGCUCUUUGCCAAGCUGCGCCGGGGCAGCUCUCUCUGUGACCUGCCCUCCCUCAGGCCGAGGCCCAAGGCGGCGCGAGAGCCCUAUGCGAACCUGCCUGACGACAUCUUUGAGAACGGAAAGGCCGCCCAGCAGAAAACGCCCCUGUCUCUCAGCUUCAGCGACCUGCCCAACGGGGACUGCGCGCGCCCCGCCAGCCCCGCCGGCGGCCGCCCCAGCGCGUGCGCCGCCAACCCCGAAAUCACCAUCACGCCGGCCGAGCGGCGCCCGGGCAGCCUGGCCUCCGAGAACGAGGGCCCCGACGACUCCGGCUCCGCCUCUUCCAGAAGCUCCGCGGGAGGCGGCCCGGGGCCCCGGGCUCCCCCGGAGGAGGAGGAGGAGGACGCUGAGGGGCCCGGGAGCACCGAGGCCGGCCGCGCGCCCUCCGGCGCCGCGCCCGAGCGCCUGUUCCUGGAGAGGGACGUGGCCGAGGCGCUGCUGCAGGAGUCGGACGAGGCCUCGGAGCUGAAGCCGGUGGAACUGGACACGUUCGAAGGCAACAUCACGAAGCAGCUGGUGAAGCGGCUCACCUCGGCCGAGGUGCCGGCGGCCGCGGAGAAGCUGCUGCGCGAGGGCUCGGGCGAGGGCUCGGUCGGAGGGGAAUCGGAAGGCUGCCGCGCCACAGCCUUUCUCGACGGGAGCCUGGAGGACGCGUUCCACGGGCUUUUCCUCGCGCUGGAACCGCACAAGGAGCAGUACAAGGAGUUUCAGGACCUGAACCGCGAGGUGCUGCAUCUGGAUGACAUCCUGAAAUGCAAGCCCUCCGGAAGCCGCAGCACGCCCUCCAGCUUGAGUCUGACGGUGGAGAGCGCCCUGGAGAGCUUCGACUUCCUGAACACGUCGGACUUCGACGAGGAGGAGGAGGAGGAGGACGCCGACGAGGUGGGCACGGCCGGAGGGGGCGCCGACUCCGUGUUCUCAGACACAGAGACGGAGAAGAACAGCUACAGGCCGGCGCACCCAGAGGCCAGGGUGCACGUGAGCGAGGCGCUGACGGAGGACACGGGCGUGGGGACCAGUGUGGCCGGCAGCCCGCUCCCACUGACCACAGGCAACGAGAGCCUGGACGUGGCCAUCGUCAGGCACCUGCAGCACUGCACCCAGCUCGUGCAGCAAAUCGUUUUCUCGAGCAAAACCCCGUUUGUGGCGAGGAACCUCCUAGAGAAGCUCUCCAGGCAAGUCCAGGUGAUGCAGCGGCUGGCGGCCCUCAGCGACGACAGCGCGGGGGGCGUCGGCUCCGUCGCGGAAGCCCUCCCCGAGCUCCACGACAAGCUGCCCCUGCUGUCCUUCUGGACCCAGUGCUGCGGCUCGGCGGGCGCGUACCACAGCCCCGCGGACAGGGUGGUCCGGCAGCUGGAGGCCAGCUUCGCCGCAGCCGUCAACCGAGACCACCCGGGACUGGCAGACGCAGUGUUCCGCACCCUGGUGUCCCAGAUCCUGGACCGGGCGGAGCCGCUGCCGCCCUCCAGCCUGCCCUCCGAGGUCGUCACCGUGUUCCAGUACCACAGCUACUUCGCCGGCCACGGCGUGAGCGACCUGCCCGGCUACCUGCACCAGCUGGCCCAGCAAGUCGCCCUGGUGCAGAGCCUGCCGUCGCUGCGGGAGGACAAGCUGCUGCAGGCGGUCGGCGGCCUCACCGCCCACGGCCUCCCGGCCCAGCAGGAGGUGCUCCGGACGCUGGCCCUGCUGCUGACCGGCGGCCACAGCGGCGUCAGCCAGGCCGUGCAGCUGCACCUGGCCGAGGCCGCCAGAAGCAAGCCCUUCAGGGAGAAGGCCGUGCUCUAUUACUGUGAAGCCCUGAGCGCGCCGGACCUGCAGCUGCAGAAGGCAGCCUGCCUGGCCCUGCGAAGCCUGCAGGCCACGGAGAGCAUCAGGAUGCUGGUGGCGCUGUGUCGGUCCGACGCGGAGGAGAUUAGGAAGGUAGCCUCGGACACGCUCCUGGCUCUGGGGGAAGACGGGCGGCUGGCGUAUGAGCAGCUGGACAAGUUCCCUCGAGACGGCGUCGGCGCCGGGAGUCGUCCCGGGGCGGAGGUGGCCAUGGCCUUCUGACCGGACGGUUGGCUCGGCCGCCGCGGAGCCGUCCUCCCAAGGGCCUGGUGCUCCAGCAGCGCCGUGACGGAGCCGGAGCCGGCCGGGGUGUCCCACUCGCAGCGGGCCACCGGGGCCACCUGGAAGUCGCCCGGUGCAGCAGCCUUCCCUCCGGUUCUGCGGCCCCGCCCCCACCCGUGGCCAGCGCCUGGGGCCGGGUGCCCUGCGCGCGCUCGCCACGUGGCCGGCGAGUCUGAGCCCCUCCCACCUGCCAGGUGUGGGAUCUCAAAAUAGCCAUCUGCGCACUGUUGUGGAAGUUCUUCUGUCAGCGUGAGCCAGUCCCGUGAUUGACGCUUCGGUGCACGUCGUGCGGCUUGCGGUUCUUCCCCGCGCGUCUGAUCUCAGGGUGGAGCGCCCCUCCCCCAGCCACCCCCCCUGCCCGCCCCGCCCCCCGUGCUGCGCCCGCUCCCCAACUCUCCCUUACAUGCAAAACACAAAAAAGAAUUCCUUCAAAUAAAAGUUUGCCUGCAGAACCUGGUAGAACGACACAUUGUAGGAGUUUAGUGGUUUUUACAUUUCCUUGUUUCAAAAUGUCCACCAUUUCUUCCGCUUCUUUUCUCCACCCUGAAAGUUCCAGAAGCACGUUCCCCCCACUCCCGUGGUGAAAACACUGGUGGGAGACUCCAGGCCACCUGAUCACGAUCACACCCGCACGUGCUGAGAACAAAGACAGGCGAGGCGGAAGCUUUUAUUUUUUCAAAACCAAGAGCCAUUUUUUUAAAUGAUAUUGCUCAGUAGAGGUACUUUGUUGCUAAGACAAAUCAAAACCAAAAGUCCUGGACUCAGAAGGCUGGGAUGCUCUUUGAGGAGGGAGAGCACAGAAGGGGCAGGGACAUCAACAGGGGUCCUGGCCUCUGUGACAUUUCCGGUGAGAGCAGGGAGCCAGCCCCCUGCGCACUGCGGGCCAGUUCCUACCCCUGCUGGGCCCCCUUGGCCAAAAAGUCCAAACGGCAGCCGCCCUCACAGCUCCGAUCAGGGUGAAGUGCACGGCCUCUCAGGACUGCUACCAAGGAACCUCUUCCCCUUGAGAGUAUUCGGGGUGGGAAAUGCCAAGAUAUCAAAUUUGGUGUGAGUGUAACUGAAACUGUACUCUGGGUGUGUUUGUACACGAUACCACGUGGGUGUCAUCUCAAAUGUUUCCAUGUGUAGCGAGACCUUGAAAAGCAACUCUGAUUUCAUUUUAAAGUUCACGUUGUUCGCCAGGCUUCCUGGCAAAGAGUCCUUUUGACUGUGAAGUUGUAUAUAUACAUUUGUACAUUUAUAAAUAUUAUAUAUAUGCAGAUAACCUUCCUUUUCAAGUGCAUUGUACAGUCUAGUUCGUAUGUUUAGUCUUUGGUCUACGUUAAAUGGUUGACAUGAUACUUUCUAUAGAACCUUAAAUCACAAAUGUUACAGUUUUUUGUUUGGUUUGUGGUUUUUUAAAAAAAGUUUUUUGGAUAUUGCAUGAGUAAUGGACUCCAUCCCUUUUGUAUCCACUUCUGCAUUUUAUUUUUUGGUGAGGGGGGUGCUUUUAGUUUUGCGGCAUUUGUAUCCAUCACUGUGUCUGUCUCAUGUAAGUUGCAAUAAAAGUUAUUUUUGAAUUUC